CUCACUUGCUCACUCUCUUUCUCUUGGUAUUAACUUUCCAUUGCUUCCACCCAACAAAUCAUUUUCUUUCAUUUUCUCUCCUCUUCACGGAAAAAACGCCCAUCCUUUUAUUCCCCCUAUCCCAUGUACGCUCUCCAUUAUCCUCUCUAACAAACUCAGUACGACACCCUUCCAUGGACACCGCCAUGCGCACCACCAGCGUGCAACAACGCGCCCCCACAAAGAAAACCAGACCCAAGAAGAAGACCACCCCACACCCUGUCAAAGUAGUGUACAUAUCCAACCCCAUGAAAAUCAAAACCAGCGCCUCCGAGUUUCGUGCCCUCGUGCAAGAACUAACCGGCCAGGACGCCCAGUCGCCGCCUAACCCCACACGCUUCCACGCGCUCGAUUCCUCCGAUGAUUCCUCUUCUGACAAGGUUACCAAUGUUGACGACCAUUUCAUCCCUCUCCCAAAGGAUCCCAACAAUUCCGUACAACAGCUUCAACACCAGCCGCAACCCUCUUCUUCCUUUGAGGCUCCGGACGACGACGUUUUCACUCCCCAGAUGAUAGAGAGCAUUUCCUCCCUGCUUCCUGCAAGUCUAUUCUAUGAAUCUCCCCAUCUUAAUUACUGGUGAUACUAUACCACUGAUGCAGUGUAAUUAAUUAUCACUAUGAUUAUGUUUUUUCUUUGCUAAGGUUAAGCUCCGAUUUAAAUCCAACUUAAUUGAUUGUCUCUCUAUCUAUAUAUCUAUAUAUAUACUAAUAAAUGGAUGGAUGAGUGGUUGUUUUCGAU